AUGGGAAAGAUCAUUGUUUAUGAGCAUGCCAACUUCCAGGGCUACUCCAAAGAAUUCACCACUGACAUUACCGAUCUAAAAGCUGUAGAUUGGAAUGAUUGUAUCUCCUCAGUGAAAGUCUUUGGCCAGCCUUGGGUGGCUUAUCAGCAUGAGAACUUUAAAGGCAAGUUAGUGGUUUUUGAAGAGGGGGAACAUGACUUUGUUGGUAAAGAGAUAAAUGAUGAGAUCAGUUCUCUGCAGGUGAUCACUGAAGAUCUGAACAAUCCCCAGAUCACUCUCUAUGAAGAUGCCCAAUAUCAAGGGAAGUCCAGGGUGAUAAGAGAAGCAACUGAUUUGGCUAGGGGGUGGGACAAUGACUCCAUAUCUUCUCACAAGGUCCAGAGAGGUGUCUGGCUGUUGUGUGAACACAGUGAUGGGGGUGGUUUUCGUUACAUUGCACGGGAACAUGAACACCUUCCAAAUUACAAGGCCAUCAGUUUCAACGACAAGCUCUCAUUUCUGCGUCCCCUUCUCCCUGGCAAAAGCUGUUAG